GAUGUACUAUUUGGCUAAGUUUGGGGGAAGCAUCAAGUAUGCGUGGUUGUGAGAGUGGAAGACCGAGUGUACUUGAGUAUGGUGUGAGUGUUUUGUGUUAAAUUGUCUUGUUACAUUUUGAAUUUUACUUAUUUGUAUUACAGUUAAUAUUUAUGUUUUGUAAGAACCCUGUUGAAAAUGAGAUAAAUAGAAAAGAAUUAUGGAUUUGGCCCGUUUGAGGUGGACAACCCAUGCAUGAACAAGGAGAGCACCCAAAGCCAACACAGAACGGCCAUGGCUGCCAUCGGGAUGCUGCCUGCUUUUCUCACAGCUAAUUGUCCCCUUCAAACUUUUGUUUUAUUUGUGCAGGGCGAGCUAUUACAGAAAGGGCGGCCGAGCCAUGUUGCCAGUGAAAUGGAUGCCACCCGAAGCCUUCAUGGAGGGCAUCUUCACAUCUAAGACAGACACGUGGUCAUUUGGCGUGCUGCUGUGGGAGAUCUUCUCUCUGGGCUACAUGCCGUAUCCGAGUCGCAGUAACCAGGAAGUGCUGGAGUUUGUUACCAACGGAGGGAGAAUGGACCCGCCUAAAAACUGUCCUGGGCCAGUGUACCGCAUUAUGACCCAGAGCUGGCAGCACCAGCCUGAAGACAGACCCAACUUCUCUACCAUUCUGGAGAGACUGGACUACUGCUUACAGGACCCCGAUGUGGUGACCAUGCCUCUGCCUGUCGAGUACGGGCCUGUUCCUGAGGAGGAGGAACAAGUACCCACGCACCCUGAGGACCCCCCGGUUCCGACGGUUCUCCUGAAUGCCCAGGUGCCUGAUGGGGAGGCUUCGCAGCAGCCCCCAUCCUAUCCAACAGAGGACAGGAGAGGAGGAGGGGAGCACGCGGUCUUGACCAGCGCAGCUUCGGAGGCCAAAGCACAGACCUCCGCUCCGUCCCAGCCGUGCAUUCACCAGCCUCAGAUGCAGACCUCUGUGACGACAACCAACACAGUCACCUCAGCAGCCCAGUCCACCCUCACUGCCAAGGGACCUCACGCUACAGCCCAGCCCAGCUCAGAGGGGGGGCAUAUAAACCUGGCAUUCACCCAGGGUCACCCCCAGGAGAAGGAGGGCCACGGAGGGAAAAACACCAGCCUGUGGAAUCCCACGUACGGCUCGUGGUUCCUGCAGCAGCAGAGGAAGCAGCAGCAGCAGCAGAGACAGGGAGGGGUGGGCGGACCGGGGGGCAGCGCAGGCAGGGUGCCCGGCGAGGGGCAGGAGCACGUGGGCCGGACUGUCGCUGAAGUGGCGGGCUCACUGGGUCUCCAGCACAAGCAGUUUCAGCAUCAGCUCCAGCAGCAACACCAGCUGCAGCUGCUGCACCAUCAACAGCAGCAGCAGCAGCAGCAGGGUCUCUGCAGGCCGCUGCUGCCUCCCCCACCCCCUCCUGCUGCCCAGUCACCUCUGCUCUUGGAUUCAACGGCCUUGCCCCCGGUUCCCCUGUACCGGCUGAGACGGUUCCCCUGUGGGAACAUCGGAUACGGCUACCAGGAGCCAGGCCACCCACUGGACGCCAUGCCCCAGCAGGGCACCUCUGUACCACCCUCGGCGGCCCACCAGAGGGGGGUCCCCAUGCCCGCCCCGAUGACCCUGGCCCGCGCAGGUUUACCCGAGGACAGCCGGCCGCUGCUCGUUACCAUGGGGACAGUGCAGGACACAAGGCUGCCCAGGAUGGAGGGCCACAACGCCACCGUGCUUUAGCCCAGAGGCAUGAAUGCCCCUCAGAUUCGGUUCUAUUUUUCUUGUGACAGAACCUCUCUCUGAAACGGACCUUUUACAGGACAAUCCCCCCCUGGAGACUUUAAGCACAUAAAAAAAAAAGCUAUGAGAGGUGGACAAAGAAGAAAAUACAGACUAUAAGAAUUUUAAGUCUUAAAAAAAAUGUAUUUUUUCAUUGCGGCGAGUAAAGCGAGGAGGAAUCCUGCAGAGUCUGACUUUCUUUACGUUUAUGGCUGGAAGGACUUUAAGGAGGAGAAUCUUUUUAUUUUACCAGACGGAUGUUUUCGACACAAGCGCUGGUGGCCCAACGCUGCCAGUCGACUGCAGAACCAGAACCACUGGUUCUUCUCAACAGGGAGCACAGCUGUGGUAAAGAACCUAUCAGACUCUUUUUCAAAAACCAUAAACUGAAUUACCAGAUAAAUUUAUACUGGGGGAAAAAAAACUGGAGCAUAAAAAAAAAA